GUCAAAUAAUUGGGUACUUACGCUUUAUGUGCAAUUGUGUUUCGAUUUAUCAUAUAAAAUACACAUUUUAUAAGAAAUAAUUAGUUUCUUUUUAACUUGAUAUUGGUGAUAUGUUUUUGCAUGGUUGAAGACCGUAAAUCGCAGAAAUAAACAAACUUAUUAUAUAAAGUUAUAGAGAGAAAUAUUUCAAAUUGAAAUAGAUUUAUUUCAUAUUUACCGAAAAAAUAUGCCUCUGCCACCUGCGUUGGCUGCUCGAUUGGCAAAGCGAGGUAUAUUAAAAGAACCUACGAAUAAUGACGUAUCUUUUGAGACCCCAACAGCUCAGGUAAACGAAGAGAUCAUAGCAGAAGAUUACGAUAAUAAUACAGACCAAUUGAAUCAUAAUGAACGUUUCUGGGAAGGUAUAGAAGGUGUAAAUGUUGAUCCUAUUAAAGGUCAUAAGGGUUGCCCCAAUAAAAGUAAUAUUUACCAUGAGUGCUCGAAAUAUUGUGUUAAAACAUGGAAGCAAGGAAAACCAUCACCAUCUGACAAAUAUUUGGAAGUCAAACGAAAAGUUUUAGAACUGUGGCCCCUACCACCAGGAUGGGAAGAAGUAUAUGAUGAAGGCACUGGGCAUUAUUACUUUUGGAAUGUUCAUAACAAUUUAGUAUCAUGGUUGCCACCAUCCCAUCCUCGAGCAAUUCAAAGCGAAAGUGCAGCACAUCUACGUGAAGAAAGACUAUUACGAGAAGGGGAUGAAAGUGACGACAGUAGUGAAGCUUCAGAUCAAGAAGUGCCGCAGCAACAUCAAAGGAUGAAAAGAAUUGAUAGGAAGGAUAGGGAAAGAGAAAUGGUGCAUCACAGGGAUAAGAAGAGGCAUAGGGUUAAGGAUAAUGACUUAGAUCCUAUGGAUCCCGCCUCUUAUUCAGAUAUUGCGAGAGGUGGUUGGACUGCAGGUUUGGAUGCUCAUGCUAAAACGGGGGUUGAUUCAACAGCUUCGGGUUCGCUGUAUCAGAUGAGACCUUAUCCCGCUCCAGGGGCUAUCUUGGCUGCUAACGCUAAGGGCUCACCACCUUCAUCACCCAAUUAGGAAUAUUGAAUAAAGUUAAAAAUUUCAAGUUAA